CAUAAACGUUGGCUACUGGAUGCUCCAACGGCAUUCUCGGAUUUGAAGCGAUCUGUGCAUCAGCGUGCAGUGAUGGCGCAGAACAAGCUACCCAAUCUGGCCGCGGUAGUGCACGGUGUCGAUGAUUUUCGAGUGGAACAAAUACCGAUGCCGAAGCCGCUCGACCAUGAGGUCCUUCUUCAGAUGGACUGCGUAGGGAUCUGCGGGUCGGAUGUGCACUACGUAUCGCACGGUGGAUUCGGAGACUACAAACUGAAAGAGCCGCUGGUUUUAGGCCACGAAGGUUCCGGUGUGGUUGUGGGGGUUGGCAGUGCUGUGACCAAUUUGAAGGUGGGGGACCGUGUAGCCAUCGAACCGGCAAUCGGCUGUGGUCGAUGCCGGCAGUGUAAGGCCGGUCGGUACAACCUUUGCCCGGAUGGGAUCUACUGUGCAACAACGGCCCAGGGGAAUCUGUGCAACUACUACACCCAUGCGGCCGACUGCUGCUUCAAACUUCCACCGAACGUAACGAUGGAGGAGGGUGCUUUGCUGGAACCGCUGGCCGUUGCGGUGCACUGCUGUCGCCGCGCUGGAGUACGGCUCGGUAACACGGUGCUAGUUCUUGGAGCGGGGCCGAUCGGACUGGUCACGCUGAUGGUGGCGAAGGCAAUGGGUGCAGCCAGGACAUGUGUGAUUGAUCUGAUGGAGAGUAAGCUGGAGGUGGCCAAAACCCUUGGUGCCGACGCCACUUUAGCUGUCAGUGGCCACGAGAGUGAAGAGGACAUUGUGAAAAGAAUCCACCUCCUGCUCGGGGGAGCUCCAGAUAUUAGUAUAGAGUGUACAGGUGCGGAAGCGUGCGUUCGACUCGGUAUACUGUCAACGGUAGCCGGUGGAGUCCUUAUGCUGGUCGGUAUCGGAACGAUCGAUCAACGGAUUCCCAUUACGACGGCCCUAGUGCACGAGAUCGACAUUCGGACCGCGUUUCGGUACGCAAACUGUUAUCCGGCAGCACUGGCCUUGGUCGCUAAUGGGACCAUCGAUGCCCGGAAGCUAAUCACUCAUCACUACGAUUUGCGCGAGUCUGUGGCAGCGUUCGAAACAUCCCGGUACGGCCUGGAUGGCGCCAUUAAGGUUAUGAUCCACUGUCAGCCGCGGAACAAAAACAAUCCCCAGCGGAAGUUUUAGGUGCACCAUAUGGUGGUGGUGGCUGUAAAUAAAUGGAAUUU